UUAAACCAUUAUUCUAACAUUGCAACUCCCUUUUCCGCCUUUAAAGUUACGACAUGCAACACGCAUGAUCAGGAAGUCGGGCGAGUUGCAUAAGCCAGACGAGGUCACUCCUGUCCAUCUACCACUUACGUGUUUAUUUGCUUUUAAGAAUUUCUGCGCUAAUGAGGUAAACAACUUGAAACAGGGUGUUUAGCGAAUUUAAUUAACAUGCUGCGGGUGCUCGCUCUUCUAAUUUGACAGCUUUGGAGCCUUUUUUGAAGUGUCAAUUGCAACGUCCUUGCGGUUGCAGCAUGAGACUCCCGUUCCCCUCCACCAUUGAGCCUCGUAAAUAAAAAGCCUGUGCGUUGUUUGCACGCAUUUUGCUCUCGAAACAGCCGCAGAUAACAACGCGGAGUAAUUCAACACGCUAUCAGAGUGCAUUAUUUUUGUCUUUUUUGCUGAUCGUCUAAAAUGCUUCCUGCGUUGGUGCUUCACGGUGGAGCUGGAGACGUUGACGACGAACGAGCCCAGGCAAAACUCAUAGGUGUUCAGGUCGCGGCCAGAGAGGGAUGGCGCAUCCUCAACAUGCAAGAGGGGUCAGCCUUGGAUGCGGUUGAAGCUGCGGUCCGGGUGAUGGAAGAUGACCCGAAUUUUAAUGCAGGAACUGGUAGUGUUUUAAAUUUUGACGGGGACGUGGAGAUGGACGCUUUAGUUAUGGAGGGACACAAGCUUGAGGCUGGUGCUGUUGCUUGUCUUCGUGACAUCAAAAACCCCGUUAGCGUGGCUCGGUUGGUGAUGGAAAAGAGCGAGCACAUUUUAAUAGCGGGUCAAGGCGCUAACCGGUUUGCAGAGGCACACGGAGUGGCCAGACUGCAGCCAGAAGAGCUUGUGACAAAAUAUGAGAUUAAAUGUUUGGAAGACUUCAAAAACGGGAGAAAAGGAAAGCCACCGGGAGUUGGUACAGUGGGAGCAGUAGCUGUCGACAGGAAGGGUCGAGUGGCGGUCGCCCUCUCUACUGGCGGCACCUGCGGGAAAACACCUGGAAGGGUUGGGGACACACCCCUGGUCGGCUGCGGAGGUUACUGUGAUGAGGCGGUUGGCGCAGUGGCCAGCACGGGCCACGGGGAGUCCAUCACCAAGGCCUGCCUGGCGUCCUCAAUUUUUAAUCUCAUGAAGCAAGGAACCUCAAUUCAAAAUGCGGCGGAUGAGUCGUGCGAAUUUUUGACUUCGCGGACUGGUGGAACGGCAGGAGCCAUUGCGGUCAGCAAGAAUGGAGAGACUGCAGUUGCUCACACAACAGAUAAAAUGUCCUGGGCCAUCGUGUCUGACGGAGAACUAAGGGCGGGGGUUAAGUGGGGCGAGGAGGUGCGUGAUAAAAUUUGAACUAAAUCUGCAAAGAGUACUCGACUAGAUGUGUGUAAAUUUUGUGAACUUAGAAUCUGAACAUGACAGUUAAUAAAUUUGGAGGUAAAAAUAAAAA